AUGGAUUUGCGCCGAUACUCCUUGGACAUGAUCCUAACAGAACCGGCCAUGACCAUGAAAAAGCGUCCAGGCCUGAGCCCACAACUGGUGGAAGAGAUUGUGGCUAGCGAGGCGCUCUGCAUCGGCAGCGAGGAUCUUCAGGACUUGAUCUGCCAUUGGGAUGAGGCCUCCUCCGAGGAAGAACGAGAGGUCCAACGGCUGCUGCAAGCCUACGCCGAGGGGCCAGCAACGACGCACCGACGAGUGGCCAGCGGUGAUGUGCUUUUCGAGCUCAAGGAAAGCUACUGGGGUCGUGGGCGUCAAGUUGCCUUACUUCUGGGACCUCCCGAGAAAGACUGGAGUGAUGCGGUCUAUGAGCCUGGCUUUCUGGAGGCAUUGGCCCGCAACGACAACUUUCACACCUACUCCAUUGCAAUACAAGAUGGCUGGAUCGUUUGGAUGAUGCCCUUCGUAUCGCUCUACCUCACAGGCUUCUCCUUCAAUGCCCGAGUGCUAAUCGAUGAAGUCCACUUCAAAGUUUUCUGCUCCGAAGAUGGUAUUGACAGGAAGCUAUGUUUAGAUUCCAAAGAGCAUGGCAACAUCGAAGAAGACGAGGAUGUCUGCUGCGAGCACCGUCAUGUGAAAUGGCUGUUUCUCGGUCAUCAUCUUGGGUAUGCAGGUCAGCUUUUGUUACUGUGCCAUUGUGUUGUUGGAGAAGCGAGCUAG